UAUGACAUCGGAAAGUGAAGAAUAUAAACACGAAUUUACAUUGCCUUCGCUGCCACGUACUACUAGAGGUUUGCCAUUACCUUUGUCAGCGAGUCCAGAUGGAAACAAAUUUGUAUAUUGUGCUGGCAAUAGUCAAAUUUUUGAUUGUGAUGUCUACACAGAACACUCAACACUUACACAAGUUGCAAAAUAUGCCCCGUCUGGAUUUUACAUUGCUAGCGGCGACAAACACGGAAAAAUAAGAAUUUGGGAUACUACACAAUCGACACAUAUUUUGAAAGCAGAAUACGCGUUAAUCAACGGUCCCAUUCGGGAUAUUGCUUGGUCAGAAGAUAGUAAAAGAAUGGCUGUUAUUUGGACACGUUUUUCUUUUCGAUACCGGUACAAGCAACGGAAAUUUAUCUGGGCAAAGUAAAG